AUGAACCCGUAUGUAUUAACCACACUUUUGUCUAGUCUUGGUCUAGGAACUACCCUUACCUUUGCCAGCUCCCACUGAUUAUUGGCCUGAAUAGGACUAGAGAUUAAUACUCUAGCAAUUGUCCCGCUGAUGGCACAACAUCAUCACCCCCGAGCAGUAGAAGCUACCACAAAGUACUUUCUUACCCAAGCCACUGCAGCUGCCGUAAUUCUAUUUGCAAGCACAACUAAUGCAUGAAUUACAGGAGAAUGGGAUAUAACUAACAUAUCAAACCCAAUCGCUGCUGCAAUUAUUCUUGCCGCCUUGGCACUUAAAAUUGGACUAGCACCAAUACAUUUUUGAAUACCUGAGGUCUUACAAGGACUAGAUUUGUUGACAGGACUUAUUCUGUCUACCUGACAAAAACUUGCCCCCCUCGCCCUGAUUGUUCAAACAGCCCAGGCUUUUGACCCACUUCUCCUUACGACCCUCGGACUCAUAUCCACCUUAGUAGGAGGGUGAGGCGGAUUAAACCAAACCCAGCUACGGAAAAUUCUGGCUUACUCCUCAAUCGCCCACAUGGGUUGAAUGAUCAUUGUUCUUCAACAUGCUCCCCAACUCACCCUUCUUGCAUUAUUAACAUAUAUCCUAAUAACAUCUGCAGCAUUCCUAACCCUAAAGCUAUCAUAUGCCACAAAAGUUGGUACCCUUGCAACCACAUGAUCAAAAAGCCCACUAUUAACAGCAACUACCGCCUUGGUUUUAUUAUCCUUAGGGGGCCUCCCCCCACUUACCGGAUUUAUACCAAAGUGACUAAUUUUACAAGAACUAGCAAAGCAAGACCUCCCCCUCACCGCAACCGUAAUAGCUCUAGCCGCCCUAAUUAGUCUGUAUUUUUACUUGCGAUUAUGCUACGCAAUAACUCUGACCAUCUCCCCUAAUACUAUCACCUCAACCACCCCUUGGCGAACUCAAACGAAUCAGGCCUCUAUUCCCCUGGCCCUCUCCACCGUAAUAGCUCUCGGCCUUUUACCCAUUACCCCUACCAUUAUGACACUCGUUAUUU